CUUUCUCUGGUCUCUGUACCUAGGUUGAUGCCGAGCAACAGGUCGCUGAUAAGCUCCAGAAGAGAAUCAAGUUUGCCGACAUGGAUGAGGAGGACACGGCUGAGAAACCUGCUCCGGAGAAAACUCCAAACCAAGAGAUCAAGUCCAGCAUCGCCGGCCGCAAGAAACCUCCCGGCGUCAUGGUCCCUCUUGAGCUCCUGACCUCCUCACCCAACCGGCAGUGUGAGGUCAGCAAGGGCCUCCAUGCCAUGGUCAGGGAGCGCUUCACCCAGGUCAUGGGGAACCACUUCAAACCGGUUCCAUCCAACCGUGACAUCUGGUUCUACCGUCUGGGAGGAGAGGAGGAAGAGGAGGAGGAGAAGGAUGAGGAGAAGGAGGGAGAAGGGAUAGGGGAUGAUGAUGGUGGGAACGAGCAUGGAGAUGAUGAAGAUGAUGAUCAGGUAACUGAAAGGAACUACAUCGUGUUUGCGGAAGGAGUGUACCGUGGGAGUGAUGACAUUGAGUCGGAAGGUUUGAAGCCGAGUCCUCGAUUCUCUGGAUCUCAGACACCAGAAGUCUUUUCAUCAGAGAACCCCAGUGAGGUCAACUCGUUGGCAGACGGGACCGAAGACGACGACAACUUGGACGACUACGGGGACGAGAUGGACCAUGACCGUGAUCGCCUUGACAGCAACAGCCUCAUCAACUCCAUCAGCUAUGUGUACCAGAAGGAGAGGAGCUACGAUCCCGUGCCCGAUGCCAACAGUCGGAGGGGCAGCUCGGAGGAAUCGGUAAUGGGCAGCGAGGAGGAGGAGCUGUCACCCCUCUUUGUCAUAUUGGUAUGCUCCGUCAAGCUCAAGUCUAAUGUGGGCCACCGCAACGUCAGGACCAUACCAACUUGUUUAGGUAACCUUAUCAGCUGCCUUGAAUCCCAACCCGCCGAGGAGAUCAACCUCAAUGACCUCUCCGUGACCCUUGACCUCAUGUGCCUGUCGCUGCCCUCCGACCUGGACGAUCAACCGGCUAUCGGGGACAUGGACGACGAGGACACGUACCGAGGAGUCUCGUUCACGGAGCACUCCCCUCCGGCGUCGCCACACCCUGACCAUCGGCUCCUCAGGGCCAAUACGCUCUCCACUUCGGAUGCAGGAGAGCUAAACAGUGACAUGAUGAACAAUGACAUGAUACCUGUUGGCCAAAGGAAGGCCAUUGAUGAAACAGAAAAAGAGGUGAAGUGGCUGUUGAGGGACGAGAUUGUGUCGGCCAUGUUGCACAUCAAGCGUGUAACCGUGGCAACCCUUGAGAUGGUUGCACAGCACGUCGAAGACUCUCGGGACAAGCCCAACUGCAAAGCGGAGGAGCUGGCCCUCCAAUUUGUGUUUGGACCAGAGCACAGCCUGGCAAAGUUCACCAGUGAGUUUGAGAGGCUGAGUAUCCCCAGGCAUCAGUUCUGCAAGGUCCAAGACUACUGGUACCUGGCCCUGGACCAGCUUCAUGCAGAGACCCUUAGGAAAGGCCAGGCCCUGAAGACAGCCCUGGAGUCCUAUAACAACCAGCUUCAGCAGCAAGGCCAGGACCAGACGGGAAAGGGGGAUGGGUCCAUCAAGGAUGACCAAGGUCUGAUCAUACCAAUGACCACCAUCAUCUACACCCCGCCAUCCCCUGAGAAGCAUGCGGUCAAGAGGACCGGUAGUAAAGAGGGUCAGGGAGAGGUCAAAGGUGAAGGAUUGCCCACGGUAGAGGCUAGUGAUGACCCUCAGGUCAAAGCUCCCCAAAACGCGGAUGAAGGCUCAAAAUCGGGCACCCUAGCCGACAUCGAAGUGGGUGUCGAUGUCACACAGGAGAUCGAAGACGUGGAGGACGAAGCGACGCUGGAAGGCACGACAAUCAUCGAGGACGACACCGAAAUCCACACCAAGGCUGAGAAGGAAGAGGAGGCGAACGCAACCGGUGCAACGGUCGAGGAUGUUGCUAAGCAACGAGAUGGAGAGGCUGCUGAGGAAGAGAGAGGGGAUGAGGGAGGGAUGGAGAAAGAGUCCAAGGAAGAGGAAGAAGAAGAGGAGUCAGAGGUCAGAGCUAGACACGCUGAGGACAACGUCUCAAGAAGCAGCGGCAGCUCUAUACAGGUCCUUUCAGAAGAGACUUUACAAGAAGAUGCCACCAACCUGCUCAUCAGUGAAGCCUCCAUCCAGCUGGGCAUGGAUGAAACCGAUAACGUGGGCUUCCAGCGUUACCAUGGUAACGACAGGGAAGGCAUCAAUAGCGAGGAAGAGGAGGAGGCGGGGGUGUACAGCGGGGAGGGGUCUGAAGGAGAGAGCACCCUACGGAGGGCGAGUACCAGCUUCGAGGUGCUGACGAGGAUAGGGGACGAUGAUUCCGUCAUCGGAGAGACUGAGAUUGAAUUGGAUACCCCUACCUGUACAUUACCAGCUACUCCCGAGCACCAGCUAGAUUCUGCCUCGACUGCCACAGCUUCAGGCCCGGAGGACCCCUCAUCUCCGGUGACACACCUCCCGAACCCCUCCUCCCCGCCCCACACCUCCUCCGCCCCCAGCUCUCCUCCCAGGGCUAGGGUGGGGUCAGGGGCGGGGCACAGUAAGCGCCCUACCCAUAGCAGACAGGGGAGCGGGGGCGUGUCCAGUGGACCCUCAAGUCUCUUCCAGAGCUAUGUGAGUCAUAGCGGCAGCGCUGGGGACAACGAUGAAGAAGGUUAUGAUGCCAGUUCAAGUGACAUAGACCAUGAGGAAUCUCACUUGUUUGUAGACGUCUUCAACCAUUCCAUGCCAGGAUUCUGGCUCAUUCUCAAGCUCUGUCGGGACAAAGUCAAUCUCUUCUUCCACACAAGAGAGAGGAAUGAGAGCGGGAAGCUGAUAGAACAGAAGGAUAUCUAUCUGCAGGUUUCAGAGGCCAUCAGGAACACCUGUCGUCUAGUCAACCAGAGGUUACUCCUUCAGGAGCUUGAUAACAAUAAGACGUGUAGUACUCUGUUGGUUGCCGAGAGCGAUGAAGACAUCUGGAAGCAGGAAGACAGCGAGCCUCCGUCAGCCAGAAGAAAUUCUUCAGACGAAGAUGAAGAUGACAAUCGUCAAGGAGGCAAGGGGGACUACCUGGCAGCGCAGCUAUGGUUCAACCAAGGCCACUUUGCAUGUGACCUCGUCUUGAGUCAGGAUCUCCCUGUACAUUCAAGACUCAAACCCUCCCAUAGACCUAACGUACCAUCUAGGGGUUUACAGGCACUCAAGACAGCCCUGGCUGCCUUUGCUGUCCACGACCGUAAGAACUUGUUUGUCUAUCGAGAGAGUUCAGGGGAGGUCUUCUAUCUCAGGUUAUACGAGUCUACCGUGGUGAGUGGUCACCAGCACACAUCUCGACUGUGUUCUAUCGCCGAGUCUAACCACACGUCUUCCCAACCCAACUCACUGCCUGCCUCUCAGUCAGUCUCGAGAGCAACCUCCAACCAGUCUCUGAAUACCAUCGGCGGUCCUAUCAACCUAGAGGAGGAUGCGGUUUCUAUGGCAACAACAUCAACAGGUGCUCCAUCUAUGGACUCCCUCCGUGAUUCUGGAGUUGACGUUCAGUCUAUUACAUCGGCAGCCUCUAAAGCAUCCACCAUACAGGGAGCUCAACACAUCAUCAGCAUCCAAGUGCAUGGCGUUACGAAAGCAGGCCCCGAGAUUCAGCAUGAUCUAGUGGAUCUACUCAACAAGAAGUUAGAGUCGGCUACUCUAGAUGUGAUCGCCGAUAUGCUGGCUAGGAACCCACUCUGUAAACUCACUCCUAAUGAUGUACAGUUCAUUCAACCGAAGAGCAAGCCUCCGACCGAGUCCUUCCAGUUCACGGUGCCCAUGUGGGCUGUUCAAUACCUCUACUCUGUCCGCUACUACCUGCGCCAGAAUCUCCUCCAGAACCCCUUCCUCCACCCUCCCAAGUACAUCGACUCCAAGCCGGACCACCACUUCCAGGACUGUAACUCCUGGAAGGCCGGCAGGGCAGGAUCAGGACCUGGACCCGGACCAGUAGCUGUCCUGGAACCGUCAGAGAUGGAUGUCUUCCUAUACAACAGACCUCACAAGGCUGAAGGAGGCACAGGCAAGUUAGGCAGGGUUCCCACUAUUAGACGUUAACAAAAAGCACUUUUAGUUCACAAACAUUGCUAA